UUUCUCCCAGAUUUUGCCUCAUCGUCACGCAUAUGGACAGAGUUGCAGGGAAUAUACACCCAUUCGUAUUCUGAAUCAUGCCUUUUUUUUUUACCAAGUUGUGUUUGCUACCUUUCAAUAUACACUGAACGGGAAAAUGGAAUGUGAGAAAAAUAGUAUGUGCAUGCUGUUGAACUAUAUAGUGAACAAUUUUCUUUCUGAAAUAUCUUGUUUUAUGUCAGCUUUCACUUAUAUCAAUCACAUUACUGGACUUUUGGUGUACACAGUCAUGGUUAUGAGUGUCAUCCCUGACAAGUACUUCAUUAGGAACAUGCCAUUAUAUAUGACGAGCUGCUUAUUCGUGAGAGCUAAGAGAAUGUGAGCAAAUACUACUGGUUCAAUUUGUGGAUUCGCGCGCUUGAAAGCAAAUACAAUCCACACUGACACAAAGCUAUACGAGCAGUCGACUGAGCAUGCGUAUCAAAUCUUGGUCGACGUAACUCCAGAGAUAAUCUUUUUAGCUUCACUUAAACUGCAGGUGCAGAGGUACUUUGAUAUGGUAUCCAUGAAUUUCUCUUAUUUACGCCUUAGUAGUUGAUAAGUGUGAACUGUGAGUCUCUCAAGCGAUUUUCGACUCAAUCUGUAGAAUGAUCACAACAUCCUCGUUCUUCAUCAUGGUGGUGCGUCGCAAUGUGAUAUUAACGCUAUUAAUCACCAGUCUAGCCGCUCAUAUCAGUGCGAAUCAGAGUAUCGCUAAUAGCGAUGGAAUAAAAGCGACGAAGACCAAGCUAUACAACAAGCUGAUCAGGACGAACUACGGGCCGACCACGAGCAGACCAGUAAAGAAUGAAUCUCACCCAGUCACGGUCAGGAUGAGAAUGCUUGUUGACCACGUGGUCGAAUUUGACGAACCUAGGCAGCAAGUAACAUUGUUUUGUUCAAUGAAAUUGGUUUGGAGAGAUGAAUAUCUGACAUGGAAUGAAAAUGAAUAUGGAGAUCUAGACCACCUAGACAUAGAUGUUGAUGAAAUAUGGCACCCGUCAGCUACCCUUCUUACAAGCAAUGAUGACCAACAUUUAACGAUGUUACAACGCCUGGCAUUUGUUGAUUCAUCUGGUGAGGUCACGUGGCUAUCACCCAUCAUCAUAACCACUGCUUGCAUGUUAAACGUAGAGUUAUUUCCAUUUGAUGAGCAACUCUGUACCGUUGAGUUCGGUCCAUGGGCCAGAGAUCGGACACAGGAGGAUAUGGAGUUCUUCUUUGAUGAAAAUGAGAAGUCUGCACAGCGAUAUCGCCAGAAUGGCGUCUGGGCUAUCGUCAAUGAUACAGCAGCGCGCAUCCUUCGUAAUUACUCUGGUUUCGCUGAACCCAUCGCCGAGAUACAUUACUUCUUUUGGUUCAAGAGGCAAUCCAAGGUAUACGUCUUAAGUAUCGUCAUCCCUUCGGCAUUACUUUCGUUGUCAACAAUGCUUAUAUUUCUGCUGCCUCCAGAGUCUGGAGAGAAGAUCUCAUUUGGUAUCACCAAUCUCCUAGCCAUGGUCCUCUUCCAAGAAACUGUCCGAUCUGCCAUGCCACCGACAGGUUCUCCAAUCUUUGCAAAUUACAUCUGCGUCACGGUGGUAGUAGCGUGUAUGUCACUGAUAUUUGAGGCAAUCGUCUUGCGUAUGUACAACUUGGGUGAUACUAAGAAAGUACCGGCAUGGCUCUAUCGACGCUGUUGUGCUGCAAUGGAGAAAAAUACCAUACCAAUGGAUACUUUAUCAAGUUCAAGAGAAAAUGGGAAUGUAUCACCAUCAACCAGAGAGCGUCAUCCUACUCAUAGCGAUGGGUUGAUGGGUUGUCCUGAUGUAAAACAAGACAGUGAAAUAGAAUGUGUCUCUGGACACAUGCGGACAGGUAUGGGCCAUCAUUCUUCGCUGAAUAUAGAAAGGAUUCCUGAAAGUUCAUUCAGAAAUGCGGAAAGGUGGAAGGUGGUUGCUACAUGGUUUGAGAAGAAUGUGGCUAUUCUUUUAUUAGUUAUUGUGUUUGGAAACAUGCUGGCCACUUCCCUUAUCAUUGCAAUUAAGAAAUCGAACGAGUGAAUGGGCCGGAAAACACAUGAUGAAACAUAUUAUCACUAAGAAAUGAAAAACGAACAUCUGUCAUGUGUUCCAUAAUUAUGUAGCACAGUAUCGACCUUUUAGAGUUCCAAGCAUUGCUCAUCGAUGAGGUAUUGUAAAGUAUGCAUUUUUUAUCCAGGGCCUAGAUUCCAUGGUAACAUGCACAUACUAAUUCCAUAACACCUUGUGGCGAAUGGCGGACGAGGAGGGGGAAGGGAGGUAUUGCGCUUUGUGAUUUUUAAAUUUAUUGUGCUUCUUGUGGGCCUAAUAAAAAAAGAACUUCAGGGGCAUGUUCCAUAUCUUUCAUUGAUGUUGUAAAGUAGUGGUCACACCACCAGAACUCUUCUGGAGCGGUCCUUGAACGGUAGGAAGAGGGGUCGAAUUUCGACAACGCUCGUCACCGGGCGCAAAAUAGGGGAAAAUAAUCGAAAAAACGGGCGUUGCCUUCGUGGUGAGCCGCUGAACUCGGUUUUGCUUUAGCGUUGGCUAAACGGUAGCGAGCGGUAUCGAGAGUUGAUUUUCAAUAUCAAUAAGCAUUCGAACCCAGAAAUAUGCGCCAAGUUAUGAAGGUAACGGUUACUCUGUUGUAUGCAAUUUAGAUGAACAGAUUUCGUCGUUUCAACAUCCUGUAGAAAUUAUGACCAGUUCAUGGAUCUUGUCAUGUUAAUAUCUUUUAAAAGAGGUGAUUACAUUAUGUUGUGCAGUUGUGUGGCAAGAUCUAAGAUCUAGUCAUGCCAGCAUCCUUCAUGCGAGAUGAUAGUAUCUAUGAUCUCGUCAUCUUUUAGAAGAGAUGAUGAAGACAAGAUCUCGGAUCUCGCCUUGUCACUAUUUUGCUGAAGAGAUGUUCUGCUGACAGGAUCUCUGAUCUCAUCAUGUCUACAUCCUUUAGAAGAGACCAGAGUUGAUGAUAUCACGGAAUGUCGGAUCUCGUAUUCUUUACAUUCCUAAAAGAAGAGGUGAUCAGAUGACGAGAUCCUUGAGAUCUUCCGAAACUCACUUUCCUACAUAAUGUGUAGGCCCUCGGAUGUUAGGAUAAGUAUCUUGUCAUUCUACAAUUGCUUUUCAAGGAUG